AUGAGCAUGCCGAUAAAGGAUUCAACUGAUGAUCAAAUUCACACGAUUGAGAAGAAUGAAUUCAAGGAAUUAAAAGCAUGGUUAGCCAAGUCAAAUUGUCAACAUUUAUUGCAGAAGUUCAUCGAUAACGGUAUCACGACUGACCUCUUACCUGAAUUGGAUUCAUACAGCUUGAAAGAAAUUGGUGUUAGCAAAUUAGGAGAUCGUUUACGAUUAGAAAUCGCUAUUAAUGCAUUGAAAGUUGAUAAUUUGAAGAAUUAUAUCGAUAUUAGUGAAUUAUAUAAACGAUUAAACUUGGAAUUGGCUACGACAACACCAGCUACUGGAAAUGAAAUUUACAAUAUAAGUUCAACAAACUUAUCAGGAUUAAACAGUGAGACAACCUUGCCACAACUAAGUAGCCUCAAUUUGAAUAACUUGAACAAUCAACAAUUACCACUGCUGCGACUGCAACUGCAGUUACAACAACCCCCCGCCCCUAACAAGGAUUCUAAAAAAACAAUCACAUUUAUAUUACAAGAUGGAAGUGUUAAACGAGUCAAUAUCACUGGUUGUUUCAAUGCACAAGCCAUUAAACGAAAGAUUGCCAAAAAAUUGGGCUUUAAAUCACAUACAAAUCAGUUUGAUACUUAUAUUCAUUCUCCGUAUAAUGAUUUCAGAAACAAAGAUGUACAAGGUACUGAUUCUUCAGUGGUGCUUUUGUAUGAUGUUGAAUUGGUGACCAUUUGUUACUCGCCUGACCGAAUGGAAAAGCAUAGGAUAAUAUUGGUUCCCAAGGGUGAAACACCAACAAAAGCGGCUAUUGAUGCGUCAGAAUUGAUUAUGCAAAAGUACGAAGGAACGAAUGGACGACACACAACUCAAGAACUAGGAGGUAUGCCAUCUUCGUCGAAUGAUCAUGCAAGACCAAAUAUGAGAAAUUUCUUUGGCCAAAGGCCUCCUAGUGAAUUGAUUUCAUCAAACUUGGCUGAAUAUUUCCCUGACACAAAACAAAAGGAUUUGGAGAAAACAGUGAGAAAUUCAGUUCGACAUAGUGUGAGGUUGAGUAGACGACUCAAUUUACCAGUGGGGACAUUUUCCUCUAGUUCAGUGGCAUUGAAUCCAAGAGCUUCAAUGAUGAGUAAUUCUACUGGUUUGAUGUCACAUCGAACAAUGAGUAUAUCUUCAGGUGACCAAUUUGGAUUUGGCAAUGGAGGACUUGGUCUUGGUGGGCUAAGAAGAGACCAUCUCCCUCAUCGAACUGUUGGUGAUAUCAUGGUCAAUAAUAUAUCUGCUAUUGAUGAAGCCGUUGUGACUAGUGAUACAUCUAGUAUGUUCAGUAAACCCACAAAUCAAUUUCAGAAUCAACAUCAAGUUGCAGGACUAGGAGCAAAUGCUUCGGGAUCUCCUCCAAUAAACUCACAAAUUUCACGAGUGACACCGUAUAAUCAAGAUGCUCGUUCUAUGCUUAGUAAUGCUAGUGGUAACGCGUUGCAUCGGGUAUCAUACUGUCUUCCAGAAUCUGAUUUUGAAGGUAGUGGUGUUGUUGAAAAUCGUCGACAUUCUACUAUACAAUUAUUGGAUACUAAUAUGUCUGAUGAAGAGCUAGAAGGAAUUGAUGAUGAUAUAGCUGAAGAAAUGGAAACUAACGGAUUUACAAAUGGUGUUCCUGAGAAUUGGUUGAAGGGUGCCAAGAUUGGAUCGGGUAGUUUUGGUACCGUUUAUCUUGGUAUGAAUCCAUUUACAGGUGAAUUAAUGGCAGUUAAGCAAAUACCUUUGCACAAUAAUAAGAUUAAGUUGAUGGAACAACAACAGAAGCUGACACAAAAGGUUAAUGUUGGAGAAAGUAAGGACAAAUCUCAACAUCACCACCACCACCAUCAUCAGCAGCAGCAGCAGCAGCACAAAGGCAAAGGGCACGAUACGCCUUCACGAACAGCUACUCCUGUUUCAAUUGAUUCCCAACAGGAACCGAAUUCACAAUACCCUGCUCCCCCUCCUUUACCACAGAAGGAUACGUCAACACCAACCCCAAUUCUGCAAAAGAUUGCUGAUCAAGAAAGAGAAAUGAUGCUAUUGAAAGAUUUAAAUCAUGAAAAUAUAGUACGAUAUUUUGGGAGUUCAAGUGACGAAAACUAUCUCAACAUCUUCCUUGAGUAUGUUCCUGGUGGUUCAGUACAAACAAUGUUGAAUUCAUAUGGACCAUUUGAAGAACCAUUGAUUCGUAAUUUCAUUAGACAGGUUUUAAUUGGAUUAAAUUAUCUUCAUGGAGAAGAUAUCAUUCAUCGAGAUAUUAAAGGAGCCAAUAUUCUAAUUGAUAUAAAAGGAACUGUCAAAAUCGGAGACUUUGGGAUAUCGAAAAAAGUCAGUACUAUUGAUGAAGAAGAUGAAAAUUUGAAAAAAAAUGGUAAAAGAGCAUCAUUGCAAGGUUCAGUAUUUUGGAUGGCACCAGAGGUUGUUAAACAGACUACGUACACUAAAAAAGCAGAUAUUUGGUCUGUUGGAAGUUUGAUUGUGGAAAUGUUUACUGGCAAACAUCCAUAUCCUGAAUUAAGCCAAAUGCAAGCAUUGUUCAAAAUUGGUAAUCAUAUACCACCAACUAUACCUGAAUGGUGCACUGAAGAAGCUAGAGCGUUUUUAGAAAAGACAUUUGAAUUACAUUAUGCUAAAAGACCACAUGCAAGUGAAUUAUUAAAUGAUCCAUUUUUGAAUGCAUUGAUUAUGUCAAAGCAGUGA